CGGGCUCGAGUGUGGGGCAGGAGUCACCUCGCGGCUGCGGACGCGGCCACUUUUGGGGCCUCACACGGGGGACACGCACACCACAGCCCCGUCGACGGGCACGUGCCGCUCACACCGCUGCCCUCGCGGUCACACACACGCCCCGAGUUGUAGAUCACAGGCAGAAGUCAGCCCGACAGCCACCCGCACGACGACACGGUGACACACUCACCCACACUUCGCAUUCAUUCACAAGCCGACGCGCAGCGACGCUCUGUCACCCAGCCAGGCGGCACCACACACAGCCUUCACCGUCCCACAUAAGUCACCGUGCCAGUCAUCUGUCGUCAACCACACUCAGCCUCUCGCCCACGUACACGGCUACACUAACACACACAAAGUCACUUCACCUAUCCGCACACACAACGCUGCUGCACAUGUUCCUAUCCGCUGUCACAGGCAGUGACAACCGGGGACAGUCACACAAAGAAGUAGCUCCGACAGUUCCAGCUCACACUCACAAUGACCCACGAGUGCACACGGUCGGUCACACAGAUCCAUCCCCGGGACGAGAAGCCUCAGCUACAAAUCGCCCUGACGGGCACGCAGUCGUACCCGGGCACACCCAGGGACAGUCACAGGCUCCAGCACCCGGCACUCCCCGCCCCCACCCCUCGGUCGUCCAUACUCGCGCGUCGGGGUUUUAACUUGUCGGUGCAGUGCACUAAUUGGGCCGUUUACUAAUUGGCCGUCACUGCCCCACGGCGCCUCGGAUUCUAUGAUGGUGGCGUCCAAUCAAGACCUGUCCCUUCCCCGAUCGGGGAGCUAGCGUCCCUUCAGGCUUGGGCUGCAGCAAGGAGGCACCACUAGUCCCCCAUUUUUCCGGGAUCUCUGUCCCCAAAGCCAGGCAAGUCCCCGUACCGCGGCGCCGUCCGGAGGCUGUGCGGGGAUCCUGGGACCUAAGGCGUCGGACCCCCGCUCCUCUUCGAGCCCAGCGGGCAGGGGCAGGGGCAGGGGCAGCCGAGCUGCCCGAGUCCUCUUCCCUCGCAGGGAAGGGAACUUUGAAACUUAGUUGGAAAGCCAGACGGUCGGUCGGUGCGUCCCCAGGUCUGUGCGUCGGUCCGGGUCAGGUUGGAGCCGAGCGCGGCUUUUCGUCACUCGGAGCCCGGAUUGAGCAGCGCGCGUGGGUCUCCGGGCGGUCGGGGCGCAGACGCGCGGACUCUGCGGUGCUGCGUGUCUGAUGGUGACAGUGUCUACGUGGGGAUGAGUGACGGAAACCCAGAGCUCCUGCCAACCAGCCAGACCUACAACAGCCAGAGCGAGAGCAAUGAAGACUAUGAGAUUCCUCCUAUAACGCCUCCCAACCUCCCUGAGCCAUCCCUCCUGCACCUGGGGGACCACGAAGCCGGCUACCACUCGCUCUGUCACGGCCUUGCGCCCAACGGUCUGCUCCCUGCCUACUCAUACCAAGCUAUGGAUCUCCCAGCCAUCAUGGUGUCCAACAUGCUGGCCCAGGAUAGCCACCUGCUGUCUGGCCAGCUGCCGACGAUCCAGGAGAUGGUCCACUCGGAGGUAGCUGCCUAUGACUCAGGCCGGCCAGGGCCCCUGCUGGGCCGCCCAGCGAUGCUGGCCAGUCACAUGAGUGCCCUCAGCCAGUCCCAGCUCAUCUCCCAGAUGGGCAUCCGGAGUGGCAUCGCCCACAGCUCCCCAUCACCCCCAGGGAGCAAGUCAGCGACUCCCUCUCCAUCCAGUUCCACACAGGAGGAGGAGUCAGAUGCCCAUUUCAAGAUCUCGGGCGAGAAGAGACCCUCAGCAGACCCAGGUAAAAAGGCCAAGAACCCAAAGAAGAAGAAGAAGAAAGACCCCAAUGAGCCACAGAAGCCUGUGUCGGCUUACGCUCUCUUCUUCAGAGACACCCAAGCCGCCAUCAAGGGGCAAAAUCCCAGUGCCACCUUUGGGGAUGUCUCCAAAAUAGUGGCCUCCAUGUGGGAUAGCCUGGGAGAAGAGCAGAAACAGGCGUAUAAGAGGAAGACCGAAGCUGCCAAGAAGGAGUACCUGAAAGCCUUGGCGGCCUACAGAGCUAGCCUCGUCUCCAAGAGCCCUCCGGACCAAGGCGAGGUCAAGAACGCUCAGGCAAACCCACCAGCCAAAAUGCUCCCACCCAAGCAGCCCAUGUACGCCAUGCCCAGCCUGGCUUCCUUCCUGACGCCCUCCGACCUGCAAGCCUUCCGCAGUGGAGCUUCCCCUGCCAGCCUUGCCAGAACGCUGGGCUCCAAGGCCCUGCUGCCCGGCCUCAGCACGUCCCCCCCACCACCCUCCUUCCCUCUCAGCCCCUCAUUGCACCAGCAGCUGCCACUGCCCCCCCACGCGCAGGGCACCCUUCUCAGCCCACCUCUCAGCAUGUCCCCAGCCCCUCAGCCUCCUGUUCUGCCUGCCUCCAUGGCACUCCAGGUGCAGCUGGCGAUGAGCCCCUCGCCUCCAGGGCCACAGGACUUCCCACACAUCUCUGAGUUUCCCGGUGGCUCUGGCUCCCGCUCACCUGGCCCAUCCAACCCUUCCAGCAGCGGGGACUGGGAUGGGAGUUACCCCAGCGGGGAACGCGGCCUCGGCACCUGCAGACUCUGCAGAGGCAGUCCACCGCCCACCACCAGCCCAAAGAACCUACAGGAACCUUCUGCCCGCUGACCUGCUUGCUCCAGGGUAGCUGUGGACCCCACUCCUUGGCCUGCACACAGUCCCCUGCGUCUGGACUUCUGGCCCCAGCCCAAGCUCACCGGGCUGCCCCCCUCCAGGUUGCUUAGCAACAGACACCCACCCCAGAUGCUGGGCCAGCCACAGGUGUGCUCUCGGUGUACACAAAAGAUGCUGAAACCCACACGCUGUGGGUUCCGUGUAAGUAGUUCACUGUUUUAGAACCGUGCUGAAGACAUCUGUGAGAUUAUUUUGUGGGGAGAAAGAAAGUUUCCUUUAAGGUUAAAAAAAAGAAAAGAGAAAAAAACAUUUUAUAAGACCUUUAGCACAUUUUUUUUUAAGUUUUAUCUUAAGGGAGACAUGUGCACAGAAGCUGUCAAACUGACUCUUAUCUGCACACAGAGAGAACGGGAGCUUUUAAGCCACACCCAGGGGCAUUCUCCUCCUCCUUCUUCCUCUUCUUCUCCUUCUCCUUCUCCUCCUCCUCCUUCUUCUGCUGCUUCCUCCUCCUCCUCUUCCUCCUCUUCUUUCUCGUCUUCAUGUUCUUUUUCCUCUUUUUCUUUUUCUUUUUUUUUUUUUUUUAAUAUAUCACAUAUCCACCUAUUUAAAAAUGCCAGCAACAAUUUUGGUCAUCUGUUUAUGAAGAAAAGUUGAGAACAACGCUGUGGUUUCUCCUAACAUGUGUGUGGUUUGGGGUCUGGCUUUGGUUUGUGUUGUUUGCAGCUGUCUCCUGGCCCUUGCAAUGUCUGUCCCGGUCCCCCAGUGCUUCGCUCAGACCUCUUUGUAAUAAAACUUCUGAAAAGUGGCAAGCAA